AGAUGCUCGGGCUCGGCCACCCCACCAUGAUGAUGAUGCACCCUUUUGGAAUAUUGGACGGACCAUUAUAUUAACUCCUCUUUCCCUUCCCCAUUUUUCUUCAUAUCAUACAACACAUAGUCGCACAUUUUCUUCUUCCCUUAUUUCAAAUUUCCAGUUAAAUAAUCAAAAGAUAUAAUGGCGGAUCAGCUGACUGACGAUCAGAUCUCUGAGUUUAAAGAAGCCUUCAGCCUCUUCGACAAGGACGGCGAUGGUUGCAUCACUACUAAGGAGCUUGGAACCGUGAUGCGGUCAUUGGGGCAGAACCCAACCGAAGCUGAGCUUCAAGAUAUGAUCAAUGAAGUCGAUGCUGAUGGGAAUGGGACCAUUGACUUCCCUGAGUUCCUUAACCUGAUGGCUCGCAAGAUGAAGGACACUGAUUCUGAGGAGGAGCUCAAAGAAGCUUUUAGAGUGUUCGACAAGGAUCAGAAUGGAUUUAUCUCAGCAGCUGAGCUUCGUCAUGUCAUGACAAACCUAGGUGAGAAGCUUACAGACGAAGAGGUUGAUGAGAUGAUUCGUGAAGCUGACGUGGAUGGGGACGGGCAGAUCAACUAUGAGGAAUUCGUCAAGGUCAUGAUGGCCAACAGGCGGCGAAGGAGGAUUGAAGAAAGUAAAAGAGCCUACUCAAUCUCACAGAGCAACGGAAGGAAAAGCCGUAAGAGAGAUCGAUGCACAAUCCUGUGAUCCCUCCUUAAUUAUUUUUAAACAAAAUGUUUUAAGUAUUAUGACUUACGGUUCGAAAUUCGAUAGAUAAUAAAUGUACUCCUUCGAUUUUAGUUGUUGUUGUAUCCUAGUCUACGACUAAAUCUGUCCUCAGCUUUAUGUCUUUGAUCGAAAUCUUCUGUUUUUUUUUUCUUUUGUCCUAAUGAAAUCUUCUGUUUGCUUGUUA